UUUUGGAAUUUCAAUGGCUCAUGGCUUUACCCCGAGCUCAUUUUUCAAUAUUUGCCGAAUGGCAUAUUGGGGUAUGUUCAGCUCAUGAGUUAUUCUUCGGCCACGAUCAAGUUGCUUCUUUACUUUUCGAACCAUUUCUGAUGUUGCUGCUUUCUUCCAUCCACUUCCUUGACAUAUGUCGGACUACGCUACAAGUAUCGCGAUAACGAGCGAUGGUGCGAGACACAAAAGAUUUAUUCACAUUUAAAUGCUGGAGUGCUCUAACGAUAGCCACUUGUGGUUUUCCAGCCAAAUAUAAAGAAAUCACACUAUCACGCUUGAAUUCCAUCACGAAUAACUCUUUUUCUGGAACAUUCUCACCAAAAUGCUUUUGUACGCCUGUGCACAACAUAAUGAGCUGUCACUGGAAUAAUUUUAACAGCUGUCGGACGGGUGGCUUAGAAAUGACAGCAGUCUGAUGUUGGUUGCAGUUUUUCAUCUCACUCUCUAUGUGCAAAUUUUUGGAAAAUGUGGAAAUAUGGCUGAUUUAAACCAACAACUGAAGGUGGCCUUCAAGAAUUUCGCAUGUGACAUGAUUUUGGUCGGUCGCAAUGCACGACGUGAAAAUCUACUGCACUAUGCCUGCCAACAUAAUCUCCAUUUCUUGAUAGAACCGUUUGUCAUGCAAGGUUAUGCCCUGUGUCAACAGGAUAUCGAAGGACACACUGCUUUACAUGUGGCCAUCAUUAAAGGCCAUGACAACUGCCUGAAGGAAUUUCUACGGCUUUUUGAGAGGUGUAAAUGCCUGCACGAAGAUCAUCCCCUAAAGAGAAAUAUUGUCCGUUUGUUUUUCAUCUAUAGCCACAGAGGUUACACAGUACUGCAUGAGGCUGUGCGCGACAGGGGAAACAUUCCGUUCCCGUAUAUCAGGGGAAUGUUGGAAUUUGCCUUGGAAUUACAACUGGAUUUUCAAGAUAUGGAGAUUUUAGGUUCUGGCGAUACAUUACUGCAUUUGAUCGUGCAGCAUAAUCGCCUAGAAUUGGCCCAAAUAGUGUGUCAACGAAUACCCGAACUAUUGGAGCGGCCAAAUUAUGCUGGUACCGUGCCAAUGGAUGUGGCGCGCAUAACACCGGAAAUGCAAAGCCUAUUAAAAAAUGCAAUUUAUACUGGCCGAAAGUGAUUUUUUUGGGAUAUAGAACUCGAAGUUGAAACUGUCAAAUUUAAUAACUGUCUUGUAAAUAAAAUAAUAGUAAGCAAGUUUGCCGACAGUAUCAGUCGGUUUUGCCCCCUUGA